AUGACUUCACAUGAAAACAUUGGUAGCUCCAAUCCAUCUAGCAGCAAUCAAUUUCCUUUGAUAGUAGAUGAAGAUAAUGCAACCCCAUCAUCACCUCUGUUGAAUAUGCCAAAGGAUGUCCAGCCAGUCCAGCCUAGCAAUGAAAUAAUUCAAGAAGAGUGGAAGUACAAAUCAAUUGUUUGGAAUCAUUUUAAGAGAGAGAGAGUUGAUGAGAAAGACAAGGCUGAGUGCAAUUAUUAUAAGAAAUUGCUAGUAAGGGGAUCCAAUUAUGGCACUAAACAUUUGCAUGACCACGUGAAAAUAAGUCCGAGGAAAAAGUUUCAAGACAUUAGGGAUAUGAAUCAAAAAUUUUUGGCAAGGGACCAAAAUAAAGUGGAUUCAAUGGCUAGUGUGAAUGCUUAUAAUUUUGAUCAAAAUGUAUCAAGAAAUGAACUUCCUCGUAUGAUCAUCUUGCAUGAGUAUCCCCUCUCUAUAGUUGACCACAUUGGUUUUAAAAAAUAUUCAACUUCUCUUCAACCAUUGUUCUUGAUGGUUUCUAGGAACACAAUCAAGAAGGACAUUUUGAGCAUCUAUGAGAAAGAAAUGGAGAAAUCAAAGCAUGAAAUUGAAAAGAAUCAGGGUAUAAUUUCUAUUACCACUGAUAUGUGGACUUCACAAAACAAAAAGCGAGGGUUUAUCGUUGUAACAACACACUUCAUUGAUGGUUUGUGGAGAUUACAAAGCCGAGUUAUGAGGUUUAUUUAUGUGCCAUCUCCACAUACGAAAGAAGUGCUUUCUAGUGUCCUUCUAGAUACUUUGUUGGAGUGGAAUAUUGAUAGGAAGUUAUCUACUGUGACUAUGGACAAUUGUAGUACCAAUGAUGAUGGUUUGGAUGUAAUUGGAUCAUGCAUUGAAAAGGUUCGAGAAAGUGUGGGAUUUUGGACUGCAUCAACAAAGAAAAGGCAGAAGUUCGAAGAGACAGCUCGACAAGCACAUGUUGAAUGUACCAAAGAACUAGCCCUUGAUUAUAAGACUCGUUGGAACUCUACCUAUCUCAUGCUUUCUAUUGCUAUAAAGUAUCAAAAUGUCUUUUAUCGAUUGAACAUAUGUGAGUCAUCUUAUAAGUGCAUUCCAACGGAGGAAGAAUGGGAGAUGGCAAGUAAUAUAUGUGAGAGAUUGGCAGUGUUUCACAAGGUUACAAAGCUAUUUUCAGACCCAAGAUAUAAGAUUGAAUUGUUAGAAUAUUAUUUUGCAAUAAUUUAUGGUGAUGAAGCUGAUAAUGAAAUUCAAAGGGUUAGAGAUAUUUGUUAUGAAAUGAUUCGUGACUACAGUUCUGGGAGAAUGGGUAGGAAGAAAAAAAGGGGUGGGAAUAUUAAAUUGGAGUUGGACCAUUACCUUGAGGAUGAUUUAAUGCCAAGAACUGUGGAUUUUAAUAUUUUGGCAUGGUGGAAAUCUAAUGGGCCAAAGUAUCCUACUUUGCAACGUAUUGCAAGGGAUAUCUUUGCCAUUCCAGUGUCAACUGUUGCCUCAGAGUCAUCAUUUAGCACAAGUGGUCGAUUGUUAAGUCCAUAUCGUAGUAAACUUCAUCAAAAGACUGUGGAGGCAUUAAUGUGUGAUCAAAAUUGGUUAUGGGCUGAAAUUAAUGGUUCUUCAUCUACCAUAGAUGGAAUUGAAGAUAAAUUCCAAAAUAUCCUGGAUGAUUAUGAUGAUGAAGAAGAAAGUGGUGUCACAAUGAUGGAAGAAAGUGGAGAUUCUUUUUGA